AGUCCCGCCCCCCUGACAGCGCCUCGAGCCGCCGCCGCGAGAGCAUCCUCCGCCCAGAGCCGCUCCCGCCGCCAGAGCCGCCCCCGUCGCCGCCGCCGCCGCCUCCGCCGAGGGAAGGGAAGCGUAUCGUAUGUCCGCUAUCCAGAACCUCCAGCCCUUCGACCCCUUUGCGGAUGCAAGUAAGGGUGAUGACCUGCUCCCGGCCGGCACUGAGGACUACAUCCAUAUAAGGAUCCAGCAGCGCAACGGCAGGAAGACCCUCACCACAGUCCAGGGCAUCGCGGAUGACUACGAUAAAAAGAAACUGGUGAAGGCCUUCAAGAAGAAAUUUGCCUGCAAUGGUACUGUAAUUGAGCACCCCGAGUAUGGCGAAGUGAUUCAGUUGCAGGGUGACCAGCGCAAGAACAUCUGCCAGUUCCUCGUAGAGAUUGGACUGGCUAAAGACGACCAGCUGAAAGUCCAUGGGUUUUAAGUGCCUGUGGGCCACUGGAGCUUUAUGCAAGAAGAUAUCCUUACCAUGAAAUUCCCACCUGUCCCUUGUCAUAAGUUUAAAACCAGCCGGUUUGUGUAAUGUAACGAUCUUGGGUCCACUGUUGAGUCUGGACUGUUGUAAUUGGUGAUGUAAUAAACUGACACGAGCCCAUGC